AUAAUCCAAAGUGUCAGUACAGAGAGCAACACACAACAGCAGGUCGCGACGUCCCUGUCAACUCCAGGAGGAAACCCGGGAUCUGCAACCAGGAGGAGUCAUCAUUCAAUCAUUGAUCACUGUGCUUUCCAUUUUAUUUUUUUCCCACAAGUGACACUUUGGGACACGCAGAAGAGCAAGGGAAGGAUUUGUGGAGAAUAUUAAAGGCUUUCCUGUUUCCCAAGUCUCCACGCUCACCUGAACAUGGCUUCAACGACCUGCACGAGGUUUACCGAUGAGUACCAGCUGUACGAGGAGCUGGGGAAGGGAGCUUUCUCUGUGGUGAGACGCUGCAUGAAGAUCUCCACGGGGCAGGAAUACGCCGCCAAAAUAAUCAACACCAAGAAGCUGUCUGCCAGAGAUCACCAGAAGCUGGAGCGAGAGGCCCGGAUCUGCCGCCUGCUCAAACAUGCCAAUAUCGUGCGGCUCCACGACAGCAUAUCAGAGGAAGGAUUCCACUAUCUGGUCUUUGACUUAGUGACCGGUGGCGAGCUGUUUGAGGAUAUUGUUGCCAGAGAAUACUACAGUGAAGCCGAUGCCAGUCAUUGCAUUCAGCAGAUCCUAGAGGCCGUGCUCCACUGCCACCAGAUGGGCGUGGUCCACCGCGACCUCAAGCCGGAGAACUUGCUCCUCGCCAGCAAGUUGAAGGGAGCAGCGGUGAAACUGGCAGAUUUCGGCCUGGCUAUUGAAGUUCAGGGGGAUCAGCAGGCAUGGUUUGGUUUCGCCGGCACACCAGGAUACCUGUCCCCAGAGGUGCUGAGGAAAGAUCCCUACGGCAAGCCGGUGGACAUGUGGGCCUGUGGUGUGAUCCUCUACAUCCUCCUGGUGGGAUAUCCUCCGUUCUGGGACGAGGACCAGCACAGACUGUACCAGCAGAUUAAAGCUGGAGCUUAUGAUGUGAUUCCGUCUCCUGAGUGGGACACUGACCCAGAGGCCAAAGACCUGAUCAACAAGAUGCUGACCAUCAACCCCGCCAAGAGAGUGACUGCGACGGACGCUCUCAACCCCUGGAUCUGCCAACGCUCACUUGUGGCGUCCAUGACCAGGCAGGAGACUGUGGAGUGCCUGAAAUUCAACGCUCGGAGGAAACUAAAGGGUGCUAUCCUGACCACAAUGCUCGCCACUCGCAACUUCUCAGCCAAGAGUUUGCUCAACAAGAAAGCAGAUGGUGUCAAAGAGCCUCAAACCACUGUAAUCCACAACCCAGCUGAUGGAAACAAGGAGUCCAGUGAGAGUGCCAACACCACAAUCGAAGACGAGGACGUGAGAGCUCGUAAGCAGGAGAUCAUUAAAGUCACCGAGCAGCUGAUCGAGGCCAUCAACAACGGAGACUUUGAGGCCUACACGAAGAUAUGUGACCCCGGCCUCACGUCCUUUGAGCCCGAGGCGUUGGGCAACCUGGUCGAGGGAACCGACUUCCACCGCUUCUACUUUGACAACGCUCUUGCCAAAGGGAAAUUGCCAAUCCACACCAUCCUGCUCAAUCCCCACGUGCACCUGAUCGGGGACGAGGCCGCCUGCAUCGCCUACAUCCGCCUCACCCAGUACAUCGACAGAGACGGCAUGCCUCGCACCAUGCAGUCAGAGGAGACCCGCAUCUGGCAUCGCCGGGACAGCAAGUGGCAGAACAUCCACUUCCACCGCUCCGGCUCGCCCACUGUGCCCACCAAGUAAGUUGAGAUGAUGAGUUUUGAAGACAAACACCCUCCAGCCUACAGCAGCCAGCUGAACACACCCCGCCCACCAAGUGUCCGACAGACCCUUCAGCCAAUCCCUGCCCAUGAUAGCUAGAGCUCCGCCCACUCAGUGUGUUGUUUACAUAUUGUCACUGCUGGACUGAAGAUUAUUGUACAUGUUUGAGAGAAAAAAAAAACGUAAACAAGGGAGUAAAGUCUUGACAAUAUCAUUUUAUAGUGCGAGUGUUCAUUAAGAGAAAAUAUUGGCAGCAUGUUUUUUAGAUCAGUAACUUUUAAAUAGAAGUGGUUUCCUGAGGAGCCAGUUCAUUUUUAAUCUAGCUGGUGAAAUAUGUGAAACUUCAGUCAUCAUGUAGUGGCAGUUUUCAUUUAAAUAUUGCACAUGUUGAAGACUAAUGAGCUGUUGUGAUGUUUGUUUAUUUUUGGACCGGUAUAUCACAUAUCUGCUUUUUACUGAAGUAUCUUUUCAGAAUGGCGAUCUAUUAAAGCUCAGGCGUAGGCUUGCUUUUGUUCUGGUGAUGUAUAGAUUUUGGUAAUCGAUUGUAAAUCGCUCUCUUAAGUAGUAACCGUAUGAACAUGAGUUUGCUAAUUCUACAAAUGUGUUAUUUCUGGUGUGACCUAUCGGCAACCGAAUAUGUUUACUAGGAAAUUUAAACUACAUGUUUAAAAGGGAAACAUACUUUAUUUGUUUGGACGUCCAUUAUCUCUUUUGAUAGAAUGUAAACUUUAGAGAUUCGUACAAGUCUUUAAGGCAUUUGACCGUAUUUACAUGGCAGCCAUUUUCUCUGGCAUCAUGCUAAGUGUCGGAAGCUAACUUGCUUGUGUAGUGUUGUACUUCUGUAUUCAAAGUAUUUAGAUGUAAAAAAAAACAAUGAUAAAUAACAAUUAAUACUUUGGGAUUAAUGAGAAUUAAAACGACAAUUGAUUGGGAUCUGUAGGAAAUCGGCCGUAUAUCCUCAGAAAAUAACAUGUUUGAUACGGUGAGCUACUGUUAGACUGCUGCUAAAAUUAGCAAUAUGCAACUUACUAGCUAGAACAACCAUUCAACUGAAAAUGAAGGGUUUUUUUAGGUAUCAUAACAAUAAAGGACUGAACUUUGUUUAAAAUAAAUAAAUCUGAUAAAACGUUUUAGCUACCAUUAGUUAACAGUUACAGAAGGCAUCAAGCAACUUUGUCUAUCACAUUUACCCCUUUUCUAUUUUUCAUCUCCAAAUGAUCGAAGUAUUACAUCGUAACAGAAUUUCAGCUUCCCACCCUGAGCUUGAUGUUAGAGGGAAAAUGGCUACCAUGUGAACACGGUUAAUCUUGCAAUUCCUUCCAUUCAAAUCAUAUUUAUACAGUAAGGAGUUAAUUUUGUGAAUUUUAUCACUUGUUCUAUUUUCAUGUUUACUUUUUAUAUCGUGAUACUGAUGCUUGUCCCUCGACAUAUAAUUAAUGCUUUCCUUGACGCCCAUUUUUGGUGAAACAUUCCUUUAUUCUAUGUUCGACUGGCGUGAACCAACAUUUAACAGCAUUAAGCUUAAAAUCACAAUGUUUAACAAGGAACAAAGCUUUAGUAGUAGAAUGAUGUUGAAACUGACAGUAAAGCCAAAUUAUGCUUUGAAAUAAUUAUACAAUUCAGUGCUGGAAAGAAGUUUCACAAAUUAACAUUUUGGGACAGGUAAUUGGGUAUUUAACUUUUAUAAAAUCAGAAUGUUACAUUAUUGUUUUAUUUAGGUGUCACUGUUAAAUUUAAUGGUUUGGGGAUUGUUUGCAUCACUUAAAAGAUCAUACUUUAAACACUUCACAUUUGGAUGUUUUGAAAGUUUGCAAAAAGAUUAAACAGAUUGGAUGUUUAAGUUUAUAAGUUAAUCAGCCACAAGGUGUAUUGAGGAGCUGUUGUUUUUUUGUUUUUUUUACAUGCAACCAAUUGUCCAUGUUGACCAACAGAUGGGACGCUGGUAUAAGUUGUUACCGUGAUGGGACAAGCCUGAUGUAUGUUUAAGAACUAUCAAAUAAAAUGUGUGAUUUAUGCCAAAUAA